AAAAUGAUUUUUAAAAAAAUCAAACGUAUUCAAAAUGGAAACUGACGACCAAAACAAUUCUGACAGACUUAUAAAAAUACUAUCUGAAGUUGGAGAUAGAGUGGAAAAUCUUCGUGACCAGGCCUCAUCUAUUGAAAGAGAAAGGGAGAAUAUUUUAGGGUUACUUCAGGACAUACAAGAUUUGGAGAAUCACAAAGAUUUGUCCGAAGUUGAAAAGGAAGAUAUUGAAUCAACUACAGAGAGAUUGAUUCUUCGAUGUUUAACGGUGGAAGUUUCCGUAUCAACACCUAGAAAUGAAAUCCAGGAAGAAGCCUUUAAGUCAGUGACACAGACUUUGGAUGAAUUACAUCAAAUGUUUCAGCUAGAUCCACUGAAUCAUUCUUACACCAUAGAGUCUUAUUUAAAUGCUUGUUUACCUGAACCUUUUAGUUCAAAUUUAGACACUAGGUUCCAGUCUAAAAUAUUAGGCUGUACUGCGGACGAUCAGAAACGUUUCCGACAGAAACUGCAGAGUAUGCACAGACUGGCUCUCAAGAUGCCAUAUUGUAAUGGGACCGAAGAGAAUAAAAUGGAAGCAAGUAGUGUAAAUGAGACACAAGUAGAUAGAAAAGAAUGUAAUUCUGGUGAAACCAGUCAGCAUGAUGAGCAGGAAGUAGAAACAUGACCAAUGUUUGUCCAGGCUUUAGUUAAUUUACCAAUUAAGGAUGUCAAGAAAAUGAAGUUGCCAACUGACCUCUGAUUUUUACAAGUUUUAAAGCUGACACUUGACAUCUUAUUUUUGAUAAUUUUAAGAGUUGUAAAAUUUUGUUAUAUAUGUAUCACACAUUAAGUUGACAAGUGGUGAAAUCAUAACAUUUACUCUCAUGUAUAAAUAAGAUAUUUGAGUCAGUAUCUUUGUAACUUUGCUUAAAAUACAUGUAUGUGGAUCAGAA